AUGCAGGGCGGAUCCAGCGGCAUCGUCUACGGCGGCCUCAAGUACCAGGCGCGGUGCAUCACCGACGUGCGCGCGGACGCCGGUUCCACCACCUUCCUCGCCGGAACCCUCAGCCUCAAGGAGGAGAACGAGGUGCACCUGAUCCGGCUGCUGCCGGGGGAGAACGAGCUCGUGUGCGACGGGCUGUUCUACCAUCCCAACGAGAUCUGGGACCUCAAGUCCUGCCCCUUCGACCACAGGCUAUUCUCCACGGUCUACACCUCUGGUGAGGGUUAUGGCGCGUCCGUUUGGAAGAUCCCAGAGCUGUAUGGGCAGUCCAACUCACCGCAGCUUGAGCAGCUCUUCACGCUCGAUGACCACACGGACAAAAUAAGAUGUGUUCUCUGGUGGCCACUGGGGAAGCAUGAUAAGCUAAUUAGCAUCGAUGACAGAAACAUUUUUCUCUGGAACAUAGAUCCAUCAAAUAAAUCAGCCAAGGUGAUAUCACAGGGAUCUGCUGACAUGCUUCCCAAUUUACGUGGUGGAGCUUGGGAUCCACACAAUCACAACGCAGUUGCUACAAUAACUGAUUCGUCACUCCACUUCUGGGAUCUCCGUUCUAUGAAGAGAUCAAAUGCAAUUGAACAUGCUCAUAUCCAGGAUGUGGAUUAUAACCCCAAGAAGCAAAACAUAAUUGCAACAGCAGAGGACGAAUUCGGAAUUCGCUUGUGGGAUCUCAGAAUGCUUAAGCAUCCUCUGAAGGAUCUCCCUGGACAUUCACAUUGGACAUGGGCUGUUCGGCACAAUCCUGAGUAUGAUGAGCUGAUUCUGAGUGCUGGAACGGAUUCAGCUGUCAAUUUAUGGUUGGCUAAAGUUGGCACUGAUGACUCUGGACCCGAAAGCCCUUCUGGUUCGCCCACUAGGCAAGAAGAACCAUUACUGCACUCGUAUACUGACUACGAAGAUAGCAUCUAUGGAAUUGCAUGGAGCUCCCAUGAUCCAUCAUUGUUUGCUUCUCUGUCUUAUGAUGGAAGAGUUGUUUUAGAAUCUGUUAAGCCCCACCUGCAGAGAAAAUGA